GUUCUGUGAGAGGACUUGGUCAGCCUCAUACACUUGUAUUUCUAAUGCCUAGAGUGGUGACCAGCAUGUAAUAAGCGCUCAGUAAAUGUUUCCACAGUGAGUGACUAAACUGUGGGACAAACUCUAGCUGAGUGUAGUGGGGGGAAGAAAAACCAAAGACUUUGACCUUAGGUAACCUAUUCACACUCACUGAACCUCAGUUAUCUCCUUGGCAAAAGAUGGAUAAUAAUAUAUAAGAUAAUACAUGUAAAGCUGCUAGUGACGGAACUGUCAGGUAGUAAACUUAAAAAUAUUGGCUUCCUUCCUUAUAUUUUUUCUUUUUACAUUCAUAAAGGGAAGAUUUAGGCAAGGAAUAUAGUUAGCUAGAUAAUUUAGUUCUUGCAUAUUGUGCAUAAAUUAUCCAGGCUUUCUCCUCUUUAAUUUGGUGUGAAUGCCUGGGUCAUGGAGAAGGUGGUUAGUGCCAGGUAUGGUUGUUAGAAAAGGGAAGUAAUAUCCAGGUCACUAUCUAAUGUCUGCCUUUUUUUCUUUUUAAUGGGAUGAUGUUUCUGCUUCGGUUUUACAAAACUUGCUUCUUUCUGCUUAUCAACACCCAGACUCACUAGGUUGUCCUAAGUGCAGAAGUAACACUUCAGAAAGAGCAUUAGAAAUCAAAGGCUAAGAAAUGGCAUUUAAGAAGGCAGUGAAAGGGACUAUUCUUGCUGGAGGAGGUGCUCUUGCAACUGUUCUAGGCCUCUCUCAGUUUGCUCAUUACAGAAGGAAGCAAAUGACCCUGGCCUAUGUUGAAGCAGCAGAGUGCCUUUCAGAACCUGUGAACAGGGAGCCUCCUUCCAGAGAAGCUCAGAUACUGACUUUGCAGAACACGUCUGAGUUUGAUGUCCUUGUCAUUGGAGGCGGGGCAACAGGAUGUGGCUGUGCGCUAGAUGCUGUCACCAGAGGACUAAAAACAGCCCUUGUAGAAAGAGAUGAUUUCUCAUCGGGGACCAGCAGCAGAAGCACUAAAUUGAUCCAUGGUGGUGUGAGAUACCUUCAGAAGGCUAUCAUGAAGUUGGAUAUUGAGCAGUAUAAGAUGGUAAAAGAAGCCCUUCACGAGCGUGCCAACCUGCUAGAAAUUGCUCCCCAUUUAUCAGCUCCAUUGCCUAUAAUGCUUCCAGUUUACAAGUGGUGGCAGUUACCUUACUACUGGGUAGGGAUCAAGCUGUACGAUCUGGUAGCAGGAAGUAAUUGCCUGAAAAGCAGUUACAUCCUCAGCAAAUCGAGAGCCCUUGAGCAUUUCCCAAUGCUUCAGAAGGACAGACUGGUAGGAGCAAUCGUCUACUAUGAUGGACAACACAACGACGCACGGAUGAACCUUGCCAUUGCUCUGACUGCUGCCAGGUACGGGGCUGCCACGGCCAAUUACAUGGAAGUCCUGAGCCUGCUGAAGAGGACAGACCCCCAAACAGGCAAAGAGCAUGUGAGCGGCGCGCGGUGCAAGGACGUGCUCACAGGGCAGGAAUUUGAUGUGAGAGCCAAAUGCGUUAUCAAUGCCACAGGACCUUUCACAGACACUGUGCGCAAAAUGGAUGAUAAGGACGCCACAGUUAUCUGCCAGCCGAGUGCGGGGGUCCACAUUGUGAUGCCCGGGUAUUACAGCCCAGAGAGUAUGGGACUUCUUGACCCAGCGACCAGUGAUGGGCGAGUUAUUUUCUUCUUACCCUGGCAAAAGAUGACUAUAGCUGGUACUACCGACACCCCAACCAAUAUCACCAAUCAUCCUAUUCCUUCAGAAGAUGACAUCAACUUCAUUUUGAAUGAAGUGCGUAACUACCUGAGUUGUGAUGUUGAAGUGAGAAGAGGGGACGUCCUGGCAGCGUGGAGUGGCAUUCGUCCCCUUGUUAUAGACCCCAACUCUGCAGACACUCAGUCCAUCUCCCGAAAUCAUGUUGUGGACAUCAGUGAGAGCGGCCUCAUCACUAUAGCAGGAGGCAAGUGGACAACCUAUCGAUCUAUGGCAGAAGAUACCAUAAAUGCUGCUAUCAAGGCGCAUAAUUUGAAAGCAGGACCGAGUAGAACAGUUGGGCUUUUUCUUCAAGGGGGCAAAGAUUGGAGCCCCACACUCUACAUCAGGCUUGUCCAGGAUUAUGGACUUGAAAGCGAGGUGGCACAGCAUCUUGCCGCCACCUAUGGUGACAAGGCUUUUGAGGUGGCCAAAAUGGCGAGUGUGACUGGAAAAAGGUGGCCCAUUGUCGGAGUGCGUCUUGUGUCAGAAUUUCCAUACAUUGAAGCAGAGGUGAAGUACGGGAUUAAGGAGUAUGCCUGCACCGCAGUGGACAUGAUUUCCCGCCGCACUCGCCUGGCCUUUCUGAACGUGCAGGCGGCCGAGGAGGCCCUGCCCAGGAUUGUCGAACUCAUGGGCAGAGAACUGAAUUGGGAUGAUUCUAAAAAAGAGGAAGAACUUGAAACAGCCAGGAAGUUUCUAUAUUAUGAAAUGGGCUACAAAUCUCGAUCAGAACAGCUAACAGAUCGCUCUGAAAUCAGUCUGCUGCCUUCAGACAUUGACAGGUACAAGAAGAGAUUUCAUAAGUUUGAUGCAGACCAAAAGGGCUUUAUUACCAUUGUUGAUGUUCAGCGUGUAUUAGAGAAUAUCAAUAUCCAAAUGGACGAGAAUACACUACAUGAAAUUCUGAAUGAAGUAGAUUUGAACAAAAAUGGACAAGUUGAACUCAAUGAAUUUUUGCAGCUGAUGAGUGCCAUUCAGAAAGGAAGGGUGUCUGGGAGCCGCCUGGCGAUACUGAUGAAAACGGCCGAAGAGAACCUGGACCGAAGAGUUCCCAUUCCAGUGGACCGAAGUUGUGGAGGGUUGUGAGUGUGAGCAGUGACUCCUCGGCCGGCAAGCACAGAACAACAGAUCGUCCUGUAACAACAGUUACAAAAUACAACACUCCAAAAUAGUGGAUAUGGAUAGCUGCCUUUUUUUUUUCUUUUUCUUUUUAACACUGGGAAACAUUCCAAAGCUUUAGGAUGUUGAUGUAUACCCUUUAUCUGCAUUUGCCAUUCACUCUAGCUUCUAGAAAGUGUAUUUUAUCUUUUUUCUCAUUUCCGAUGCACCCUGACUUAAUGUUUUGUAUCCAUUUUGUGACCUGUUAGCCUGGACAUGCUCCCUUUUUGUGUAUUUGUUCAUUUAUUCCAAUUCAGUUCUAGAGACAGAAUAUUUUGGCUGAAAUUGAAAGAAGAAGCUGGAAAAAUUUUGUGACAUACACAAAGCUCUGGACAUUCAGCUUGUAGAUAGUAUUGUUAAAAGAAAUGAAGUGGGGAGUGGCCUAUUGAAGUAAUAGUUUCUGGAGACCUCCCAGCCCCUUCCUCCAGCUCGUCUGCCUUCCCGCCCGAACUGUCCUGCAGGUGCAUAUCUGGAGCACGCCUGGCACCCUGGGGAGGGGAGGAAUGUAGAUCUGGUUCCAGAAGCAAGUCUGAAAGAGAAACUCUGAACGCUUCCGGAAUCGCAGGUGUAAGAUAAGGAUGGCAGUGGCAUUUGCUGGGAGUUACAGUGAUAAUUUCAUCUCAGCAAUUCAUUUUUUUCCUCAGUCACUGCUGGUUUUUCUUUGACUACUAUAGUUGCCAGGAAAAUUCUUCCUUUUUUUUUUUACUUUAAAACCAGCAUUUCAAUGGCAAGUUGGAUGUAACGGGAUGAGACUAAAUUUCUCAAAUCUUUACAGUAGUAAUAAUUUAAGGGUUAAAACCUGUGUUAAUAAGCAUCUACAUAGGAUAGCACAGUUUUUAGCCCCCUAAAUCUUAAAGCAUGUAAUAUUUUGCUUUGUUUAUUGCAUAUCUCUUGGGGGUAGUAUUUGUAAACAGGUAGAAACGAGAAUACAAAUAGCCCUUUGGUAACUUUAUUUAUAAUUAUUUGUAGAAAGGUCUAACACUCAAGGUCUGUUGGUUACUACAAAGCCGCUCCCAUUCUGGACUCAAUGGAAAAGUUCUCGAUCUACCAAAAAGAAAAAGAGAAAAAUAAAAUCACACACAAAUCACACUCUCACACGUUCUCCCCCAACACUCACACAGGCACAAAACACAAACAAGAAUCAGUCUGUAUUGCAUUUAACAAUGAGUUGAAUUUAAAGGGCCAUUUUGGUACGCUUUUGCAAUAUUUUGGUGGCAUUUUAGCCAGUCAUCUGAAUAUUUAUUUAUUGUGCUGCCUCUUGUGAAGUUAGCUACCUACUUCUUGUGUCUCAAGAUCAGGUUGUGCAUGUGAUAGGAAAUCUAACCCUUUAUUUAAUGUCAGGUUUUCAUUGCACAGACUUAAGAUCUUAGUUUUUAAAACUGGUAGCAAUCAUUAUUCAUAGCUGUGUUCUGUGCUGUUAUUUCUGUUUAUGUCAGCAUAGAAUAUCUGUAUGCCUCAUUCUAGUGGGCCGUGAGCCUGGAUGUCAUAAUAUAAACACUGGAAAUUCACUCACUUAAGCACCACCCUCACCUCUGAAGCAAAUAGCCUCUUAACUCAUUUUGUUUUUAAAGAAUGUUUUAGACUUGCCACUUGGAAAGGUAAACCGAAAAUAGAGCAAGUGACGCUCCCAGGUACCACUGUGAAGUUUUUCUUCCAAGGCAUGAAUUUUUUACAAUGGCUAUUUUUCUCUUUUUUUUUUUAAUAAUGAAAGCUCGUGGCUUUGUAAUUUAGUGUUUUUCUAUCAAGACAAUAAAUUUCACUGUUUAGAAUCCAGUGACAUUUCAUAGAGAGAGGAGCUGUCCUUUAACACAUUACAGAGGAUGCACCACAAUAUGGUCCAUGUGUGCGCUCGCUCUUUCUUUCUCUUGUUCUGGUUAGAAAGGUGGAAAGGAUGGCUUGUACCUUCCCUGAAUCCGCUGCAGUAGGGACCCUCUGCAAACCUGCCUGGCCUGGCAGAGCUGUCUUUGUAACACAGGCCUCGCUGUGCGCACUUCACUGUGAGUGAAGUUCCUUUAAGGACAAAGAAAAGCACACUUUUCUUCUUUUGAGCAUAUUUGCUUUUGCUUAAAAUCUGCUAAUUCUAAAACAUACGCUCCUUCAUCGAUCCCAGAGACUCGUCUUGGAAAUGAGCUGGUUCCAAGUCUUUACUGUGAAUAAAGCACCCCACAUUUUUGUGUAAGUUCUUAAUUAAACCUGUACAGCCUCUCUACCUGAUUUCAGAAAAGGAGAAAAGAAAUAGGGGGAUACGUUCCUUCAAAACCUACUCCAAGAGCAGAAGCAUUUUUUUUUCCUUUUCAUAUAAAUGU